CACCAUUUCACCCUCCCACAUUCCAAACAUUCGCACCCAUCCGCGGCGUAGUUUACGGCAUCUCGGCUCCUGUCGAGCAGCCUUCGCUCUCAGACUGUCAGAGAUGUAAUUGACCGCUCAGGUCCCAUCACCAUGAGCUCAUCCACGGUGUCAGUUCCGACGCCAACGCAACACGCGUUCCAAAGACGUGUCGACGACGUCAAAAUCCCCAAAUCAGACAUCAACUUCGUCGUUAUGGAUUAUCUGAUUACCGAAGGAUAUCCCCUAGCUGCUGAGAAGUUCGCAAAGGAGGCCAACCUGAAGUACCCAGUCAUAGAAGGAUCAAUACAGGCACGGGUUACUAUCAGGAGAGCUAUUCUCUCUGGCGACAUCGAAAGUGCCCGCAACCAAAUCAACGACCUCAAUCCCGAGAUCCUUGACAAAGAUCUUCCUUUGGAUUUUGCGCUGCUCAAACUACAACUAAUUGAACUCAUCCGUAAAUGCACUUCGUCGCCUGAACCCGACGUCUCGCCCGCCUUGGAGUUCUCACAGAUGGAGGUUGCUCCUCUCGCGGCUACGAACCCGGACUUCCUCAGGGAGCUCGAGGUGACCAUGUGUCUCCUCAUCAUUCUCCCCAGCGAUGGUCCGGUCCAAUCACCAUAUGCCGAACUUCUUAAGCCGUCGCUACGGCUAGAUGUUGCAAGCCGCGUAAAUAAGGCCAUAUUAGAGAGCAUGGGCGCCAGAGGCGAAUCCAAGCUGCGCAGCUUAGUUCGGCUUCGGACCUGGGCCGAGGACAAGGCUAGGGCUGCCGGCCUAGAUAUUCCCCCAUUCUUGCCCUUGACCUCUGACGGCGCUCAGGAUGGCGCGGAGGAGACCAACGGUAAUCACGACUGCGGGGACAUGGUAUCAUAGGGUGGCGCCGCUAUUCCAUGCAAAAUUCACGCCGCUGUCUCUGGCGCAGAAGUGCCAACACUGCCGCCGGCUCAAAUGUGGCCGCUGCCACACGUGCGACGCCCCUAACGACGAUAUGAUCUGUAUUGACUUACAACCAACCGAUGUCUUAUUGCUAUUCCGAGGGCUGGGCAUAUGGCUGGGACUGGCGUUUGGGAGGCAACACUCUUUUAUUCGUAUCACGGCGUACUGGCGGAUAGUAAAUGAUACCAGUCUCUUGCAUGAGACCAAAUGAAUUAUAGUUCCAAUUCAUACCGCGAUAUUCCAUC